AUGGAAUUCCAAGACGAACUUGCCGCGAAAACCAAUAAAAAUCAAAAGUGCGUGAGUUCACUGGAGUAUGAUGUUGGCGACUGGCCACCUUUUCUGAUAUCUCUGGCUGUAGCAUGUCAGCAUUUAGUGAUCUGUAUAAGUGCCGUGGUUACGAUGACGUAUAUGAUUUCUGACGUCAUUUGUAUAUCAACCAAUGACCCGAUCCGAUCGAAAAUCUUCUGUUCAUCCUUGUUCAUGGUCGGCAUAGCAACAAUGACACAAACGUUACUGGGUAUAAGGUUACCAGUAUUUCAGGGUCCAUCUUUUACAUUUCUGCCUCCACUUCUGGCGAUGAAAACCAGUGGAGCAUGGACCUGCCACACGCCUAAUGAAGCAUUUAACAUAACCUCAAACCUUACCACAGAAAUGCCCCCCUACAUAGACGAGGACACCAAAUAUACCAGGCUGAAUGAGUUACAGGGUAGCCUCCUCCUAGCCUCACUUGUGGAGGUUGCGCUGGGAGCGACAGGGGCUGUUGGGGUACUUCAAAGGCUGAUUGGACCAAUCACAAUUUCCGUUACAGUCUUCCUCUUAGGAUACUCGCUUUAUCCCGUGUCUAUUCAUUACAGCCACAGCUAUUGGCCGAUCGCUAUUAUGAGCGCCCUCUUAGUGAUGCUGUUCGGAAUCUAUCUAGCGCAUGUGAAGGUUAAGCUGCCGAAAUGCUUCCGAAAAUCUAAUACGGACAUACCAGCCAAGGACUAUUCCGUUUUCAACGUGUUUGCGAUACCCUUUAGCAUAGCUAUCACGUGGGUUAUGUGCUUUGUGUUAACCCAAGUGGGCGUAUUCUCAGAAGAUCCAACAGACACUGCCUAUCGGGCCAGAACCGACACCAGGUCCGCCCUGUUAGAUCGGACACCCUGGUUUUAUUGGCCCUACCCAGGUCAUUUCGGAGCCCCAAAGUUCAACAUGGGUCUGUUUAUUGCCUUUAUUUCGGUCAGCAUAGCAUCAGCAAUGGAAUCCAUUGGCGAUUACUUCGCUACAGCCAAAACGUGUGACGCACUUCCUGUUCCGUCACACGCUGUAAAUCGCGGGAUUUUGAUCGAAGGACUGAUGAGCAUACUUUCGGCACUCUUCGGUACCGGCCAUGCAACCACCUCAUACACCAUAGCCGUCUCCAUAGCAGCUCUUACAAAGGUAGGCAGUCGUUAUGCUGUAGUUUUGUCUGGAGUAAUAGCAAUUAUUCUAGCUGUGUUUGUAAAGUUUGGGGCCGUGAUGUCAUCUAUGCCUGAUCCUAUCAUUGGUGGAAUUUCUAUUGUUACAACAGGAAUCGUGUUGGGGCUAGGAAUAUCGACAUUACGUACAGUUGAUAUGACGUCAUCCCGAAACAUCUCAGUCGUGGGCAUGUCCAUCUUGAUACCUGUUAUUAGUUCUGCUUCACUGAACAUGUAUCCAGGUAUGAUAAGCACAGGUUACACCGAAGUGGACAAAGUAAUGAAAAUCGUUCUCGGGUUUCCAAUGAUUAUGGGAUCCCUUAUCGCUAUCAUUUUAGACAAUACAGUCAAGGGCACACGACUCUCGAGAGGCCUUGAUCCAGUGACACGUGAUGUCGACAUUCAUGCAGACAUGAACGAAGUCCAAUCCCUAUCUACCGGAAGUUACGUCACAAGAGACCAUUUAUAUGAUAUACCAUAUUUAGACAAAUUUUGUAGAAGUAACUCAAUAUUGAAAUGGAUUCCAUUUGUUCAAAAGGUCAAUAUUUCAAAAACAUAUGGUAAUACAUAG